AACAGGAAGGGCCAGGUUUAGAACAACAGGAAAAGCGUGGGGAAACGCCAGACGUCACCAUCCUCGAGUCCUCACGUACUGUAAGUCGCCUUCACUUGGAAAAUGUCGCAUUUGCUAAACUCCUCAAUGAAGCUUGUGCUUUUGGAAGCAUGUAUAUUCUGUGUCCUUACACAAGGGAUAUUUUCUGACACCUGCCCAAAAUGUCAUAAUCUUGCAAAGUGUGAGAACAAGACCUGCAAAUGCAAAGAUGGAUAUACCGGGAAUGGAAUAAAUAACUGUCAAGAUGACAAUGAGUGUGAGAGAGUGCCACACAUAUGCGGAGGCCAUGCCACGUGCGCCAACUCUCUGGGAAGUUAUCACUGCACUUGCAAACCAGGUUUCACCUCUACAAACGGGGAGGCUCAGUUUCAACCUAAUGAUGGAACCCACUGUAAAGAUAUCAAUGAAUGCAAGCAGACUGAAAUAUGUGGGCCAUUCUCCAACUGCCAUAACACUAAUGGAUCCUUUCACUGCUCGUGCCAAAGAGAUUACGUGUCCUCAACAGGAGCCAAGUUAUUUCAACCAGACACACGGACAACUUGUUUAAAGAACCCUCUCCCCAACUGCCACAAGGACGCAGAGUGUUUAUUAAACAGAGUCAGAAACACCCUACUAAAUAUUAGCAGUCUCACCGAUCCGCAGCAAAUGCUGGAGGAGAUGAAGAAGCAGACCUCGGGAGAAUUAACCCCAGUUGAUGUGAUCGCCUACACAGAGGCCCUCUCCAGUGCAGCGCUGAACUUUGAGAGAAGAGCUCACUCUGAUGAGGAUGUCCCUGUGAAGGAAGUCAUUACGGACUUUGUGAAGACGGUGAACAACCUUGUGGAGAGUCAUGAGUUGGAGGCAUGGGGCAGGAUUGAGGAGCGGCGCAGGGAGCAGACCCUGACCAAGCUCUUCCACUCCGUGGAGCAGGGGACUCUGGCUUUGGCCAAGAACAGCCACAAUGUCACCAAUCUGGAGGUCAAUGAAGGCGACGUAGAAUUAAAACUCUACACAUUAGAGGCUCAGGAGAAGACAAAGAAGGUAGCUGUUUCCCUGGGAGUGAAUUCUAUUGUGUUAACACCAAAGCACAAUGGAGAAGUGCCCUCCAGUGGAAGUGUCUCCAUAGUGUUCCUCCAGUACAGACAUAUUGGGACGGUCUUACAGCCCAAAAUUGACCCAGGAUUGGUUGAUUACUCGAGGUUUGCUGCAGCUGGUCCAAUCACGGUGAAUUCCGAUGUUAUAGCAGCUGCCAUUGGUUCUCCUCAGAUGUACCCACUUCAAGAAGUAUUCUUCACUCUGAAACAUUCUGAGCCCAUUGACCCUGUGGCCGACAUGACUUCAUGUGCAUUCUGGGAGUAUUCAGUGGACAGCAUGGAGGGCCACUGGGCCCUGCAGGGCUGCCAACGAUCUCAUGUCAACAGCUCCCACACCACAUGCACCUGCAAUCACCUGACGCAUUUCGCCAUCCUCAUGUCCUCAGGACGGGCCAAUCUUGUGGCUCACUACAACAUCCUGACGAGGAUCACCCAGCUGGGCAUGGUGAUCUCCAUCAUCUGUCUGUCCAUGUGCAUCUUCACCUUCUGGUUCUUCAGCGAGAUCCAGAGCACCAGGACCACGAUACACAAGAACCUGUGCUGCAGCCUCUUCAUGUCCGAGUUCAUCUUCUUAGUCGGCAUCAACAUGCACGCCCACAAACUGUUCUGCUCCGUGAUUGCUGGGCUGCUGCAUUACUUCUUCCUGGCUGCGUUUGCAUGGAUGUGCAUUGAGGGUAUUCACCUGUACCUGCUUGUCGUUGGUGUCAUCUAUAACAAGGGCUUCCUGCACCGCAACUUCUACAUGUUUGGAUAUGGCAGCCCCGCUAUUGUAGUCACCAUAUCUGCCACACUAGGCUCCAAAUACUAUGGUACCAACACAGUGUGUUGGCUGAGCACCGAAAAUAACUUUAUCUGGAGUUUCAUUGGUCCUGCAUGUUUGAUUAUACUGGUUAACUUGUUGGCCUUUGCUGUUAUCAUCUUUAAAGUAUAUCGGCAUACUGCAGUGAAGAAACCAGAAAUAAGCCAUUUUGAAAAUAUACGGUCGUGUGCAAGAGGGGCCCUCGCACUCCUGUUUGUCCUGGGGGCCACCUGGACGUUCGGAGUUCUGCACAUCCUCAACGAAACCACCCUGACCGCUUACCUUUUCACAUUUGCCAACGCAUUCCAAGGGAUGUUUAUUUUCAUCUUCCUCUGUGUAUUAUCCAGAAAGAUUCAAGAGGAGUACUACAGGCUGUUCAAAAAUAUCCCAUGCUGUUUCGAAUGCCUUAGAUGAGUACAGGACAAGUAAGAGGAGUCAAUGAUCUCUUCCAGCGGACUGAUGAUUCCUUCAUGUAUAUGUUCAUGUGUGUGUGUGUGUGUGUGUGUGUGUGUGUGUGUGUGUGUGUGUGUGUGUGUGUGUGUGUGUGUGUAGGUGUGUAGGUGUGUGUGUGUGUGUGUGUGUGUGUGUGUGUGUGAUUAUUUAAUUGAAUAUAUUGAAGAAGAAAACAGCAGGAAACCAAUAAAACCUUCUGUAACAAAGACACUCUGUGAUACAACAAA